GUCUCUCCGAACUUCCAUACCGUAGAGAUUCCUACGACUUCACUCUUCUUCUAACUUCAUCACUUAAUUGACUGUAAGGUUGAUUCAUUCACACCAGAUAAUUACUACUAUUCUAUUCUACAUGUAAUUGAAUUUCGAAUCUUUCAUUGCAAAUUGCUCAAACAUUCAGAGUGGUCAACUUUUAUUACCUAUGAAAUCAUACUCAUUCACCCUUUUCGCUGGUAGAUGAACUUGUGAUUCGACUUCAUGCUGAACCUCAUUUAAGAGCGAUUCCUGGCCAGAGCCAGCAGAACGAGAGAGAACGAACACACCAUAUAGCCUCAAGAACUUACCAUCAUACAAACAAAACCACCUUACUGUUCCAACCCGAGUUGUUCAGUCAAAUCCGCAAGAUGUCUCCAUCGUUAGAUAUACCCCAAGCCGGCUUGAGGCUGGAGAGUAAUCCGCCCUCCAACAAGUCUGCCACAAAUAUUACACCUGCUAUUGGCUUGACUUUGAGCAAUGCAAUGAUCGAGGACAUGAUCAAAUGUUAUCAGAAUAACAAACCAAUAGAAUUAUCAUUGGGUGGACAUCCCAAUCUGAUAUAUGGCAACAAAUCUCACAUCCUUUCCACUUACCACGAUCCAUUCCAAUACGAAGUAUUUCAGACUGCGAAUUCCAACGAUAUGGACUCGGACAACUCGAAUACGUCGAAACCGCAGGUACUCAGUGAGCUUACCCUCGCCAACAAGAAGUUAUUGGGGCCAGGUGCGCAACCUCGUUACAAGGCGGACAACAUGAAGACGAGUAAGAAGCCUACUUCGGCAGCUGCAGGCGAGGAUACAGCGUUGGAAAAUUUGAGGGAAUCGAUGGCCACGGCUCAAGCGAAGAAAGAUGGGAAUACUACAAAAAUCAUCAAUCAGAUCCCUGGAAAACGAGGAGCCUCCAAAGUCACAAACAAAUCGAAGUUUCUGGGCAAGGGGCUCGGAAACGAUGCAACCAAAUCGAUGCCAGUCAGUCCCGCCCUUUCUGGUUUGGGAAGUCCAGCUCUAGGUGCGACUAAGUCUCUUUCCCAGCAACAAGCCGAGAAUGCCAAGAGCAGUAGGAAACCUGUAGUACACUUACUGGCCCUCGAACCAAUGUCUGAGAAGGAACUCAAUAAUCGAAUUCCUGGUCCGAAAGACGACCUCAAGCAGGCAAUUGCGAAGGUCGGAGACCUCAACACAUCGACUGGAAAAUGGGAACUCCGCAAAAACUACUACAAAGAGCUCGACGUAUUCAACUUCAAAUAUGGAAGCGACGCCGAACGUCAGAGAGCAAUUGAUAAUGCGGUUAAAAUUUUCGAUAAGAUGAGGUUGGGCUUAUCGGAACCUGAGUGGGAAAAGCUCUUGCCCAAAUCGGAGCGAGGUACCGGAAAGUCCCUUAGUAAGGUACAAGCUUCAAUUACCAAUAGCGCUGCCGCGAAAUUAAAAUCCAGCGAAGAGGAAGACGUAUUUGGCGAUAAAAUGGCUUCAAAGGUGAAGACUGAGACGACAACCAGAUCAGCUUCAGGACCACCAACAACUAAGCCCAAGAAACUUAGCGAAAAAGAAGCUCAGGCCAAAAGAUUACUUUCUAAGAAUCCUCCAAAAACAGCAGCAGCCACUAUGAAGUCGAAGGCCGUGAAGAAGGAAGUUGAAAGGCCAAAAGCAUCAGCGGCAAAGCCUCUAUCUUCCCAAUAUGUUGUCGAAUCCGACGACGAGGAAGUUCCAAUCAAGAAGCCUCAAGUUACCAAGGCCCCAGCCAAGAAAGAAAAUGCCAACAGCAAACGAGGUCGCAACGAAGAAAUGGAUUCUAGCGAUUCGAGCUUACCUUUGAGUAAGAAGGUCAAGAAGGAUACUGCCAAUUCACAUCGAGUCUCAGAUGCUAGUCAAUCAUCUCGUCCAAGCUCUACUUCUACGACUUCUUCUUCGAAUUCCUUCAAAGGCAAAGCAAACUCCCCACAGAAAUCAUCACCCUUGGCUUCCUCACCACCGACCAAUGCAUCGGAUUUCGGAAAUACAUCUUCUGGUGGUCGAUCAUCUACAUCUACUUCUCCUGCCAACCAUCACAAUUUGUCCAACACUCGCAACAAUCGGUCACCUAUUCACAAACGCCACCAAAAGUCAUCCAGUGUUGCCUCAUCAGUCUCAUCCACCGAUAGUACCCGCCGUUUGAGACCUGGUGUAUUGGACUUGGCCGAAAACUACAAGAGGUUUUACCCUAUCUAUCUCAAGCUUCAUAAUGAAUUGGCAACAUCGAAGGUCAAGAAUCCCUUAGAGGAAGAGAAGCUUCUCGCAAUGCAUGAGCGCCUUAGCGACUUGAAGAAACAGAUUUUGGAGGGGAUCAUCGAAGAGUAAAAGGCUCUUCUCCGCUUCUCACUUUACACAACUGAAGCGGUCUUGAUUACGUCGCUUCACAUACGAUAAUUACCAACACAAAAUGACGGCUUUGACUGCGAUUAUAUUAUCCAUUUACUGCACACACACAAGCCAUACACAACAGGUGAAGCGGCAGGCUUCUCAAUUUAUCUCUGUUUUCUGCAUUUGGAGUAACACGGGCAUUUACCACGGCAGGCAAAACCGAAUACUUUUUUUUAUUUCAUUUUACUUUCUUGUUUUCACAAAAUUUGAGAUUUUUUUUACUUCUCCAUGGAUGGAGCUUCAACUAAAUACCCUUUGGGAAUGGACACGGAAUGGAUUCGGCGUCUUUUUUCAUUUUCUCAUUUUUUUCUAUCUCUGGAAGUCUAUUUGCUCCAUUGAAUCAAAAGGAGUUUCUGGGUCAUCUGGUUUAUGGAUAUGCCUCAAGAUGCGAAUGCGUAAUGUGGAUAUAUAAGUUUGGGGACAGGCAUUUGGGACUGGGUUUGGAUUUGGGCAGGGGAUGAAUGGAUGGAGAAUUGCAUAUUGCUGAACGACGGGAGGAUGAUUGAUAUGCGGUUACUGCACAUAUGGGGAUUGCAUUUGAAGGAGAUGAAAGACAAGAUACAGAUGAAGACACAGAUACAGAUGAUUAUGGGGAUUAAUUACAUAGGCCAUAGAGAGAUAGGGAGAGGGUGGAUUUCAGGAUGCAAAUCCGUAUAGCAGAAGCCAAGAUCAGAAUAAAGAUCAAAUUUGAUAACAUAUAU